AUGUCUGACGAUGAGCAACACAACCAGCAGUUCGAGCAGGCUAGCGCAGGUGCCUCGCUCACUUUCCCUAUGCAAUGUUCUGCGCUCCGCAAAAACGGUCACGUUGUCAUAAAAGGUCGUCCCUGCAAGAUCGUUGAGAUGUCCACCUCUAAGACCGGGAAACACGGUCACGCAAAGGUCCAUCUCGUCGGUGUCGACAUCUUCACUGACAAAAAGAUGGAAGAUAUUUCCCCUUCCACCCACAACAUGGACGUUCCCAACGUGAACCGUACUGAGUACCAGCUUCUCGGUGUCGACGACGGCUUCCUCAAUCUCAUGAACGCUGACGGAGGUACUAAGGAUGAUGUCAAGCUUCCUGACAGCAAGCUCGGUGAGGAGAUCUUAGCUGGCUUCGAAGUCGCAGACACCGUUAUGGUCACAGUCACCGCUGCGAUGGGUGAGGAGCAAGUUACAUCUUUCAAGGUCUCCAAUCAGUAA